AUGUGUGGGAUGAGGACAUCCGAAGAGGACUAUCCAGGCACAGUGUAUGCCGCCACGAAAAACGGUUGGAUGGAGACGGAAAUCUUUGAAACACAUUUUGAUAAGGUGUUUUUGCCAACCGUAGGAGAAAAACGACCAAUUUUACUAGUGUACGAUGGCCAUUCUACACACGUCGGGCUCAACAUAAUUGAAAAAGCUCGUGAAGCAGGAAUCACCAUUCUGAAGUUACCACCGCACACUAGCGAUAAUCUACAGCCAUUAGACCUUGCGGUCAAUAAAUCUUUUAAAGAUAAAUGGGAUUUGGCUUUGGUAAAAUGGCAGAGACUGCAGGUGGGGCAAAUGUUACCAAAAAAAGAUUUUUCAAAGUUGAUUGGCCACGUUUGGGCACAAGUUGAUCCCUCAGUGUGCGCAGCUGGGUUCAGGAAAGCUGGUAUAUUCCCUUUUAAUAACGAUGCUGUAUCUGAACACAAAUUUCACCCAGAUCAGCUCGCGGAAUGGAGAAAACAAACACUAGAAAGAUGUACUGAGGUGAUUGAGACAUCUAUAGCACCUGAUAUUCCGAAACAUCGCGAUAAUCAACAACUUCAUGGCCCUUCGUGCUCCAAAGACCAGAUGAAUCAUUAA